AUUCAUAGACCAGCUCAAGUUGAAAAGGACCCAUAAGGAUCAUCGAGUCCAACUCCCUGCUCCUCACAGGAAUACCUAAAACUAAAUCACACGACUAAGAGCGUCAUCGAGAUGCUGACAGGCUUGGUGCUCUGACUGCUUCCCUGGGGAUCCUGUGUAACAGGCUCCUCCUUCUAAUAGUUUUCUUGCUUCAGCAGUAAAGUGCAAGCUUUUCUCCUUCCUGCUGGUUUUUGAGGUUUUCUUUGUCUUCGUUAGGCUGAUAGGAGCUUACACAUCUCUUCUUCAACUCACAAACAAGAAGUGGUCUCUGAACAAAAUGGGGAAUGGAUUAGUGAAACCCAAGCACUUGAGGCGAAAAGACAGACAUGUGGCAAACCUCUCUAUUGUCUGUGCUGGCAACCGUAAGUUUUUGAAGGACCCAGGACUAGGCAUCAAUGUGACCAGUGAGCAAGCUGACGUUCUUUGCAGCAGGGUGCUUGAACUGGAAGUGGAACUGAAGAGAAAAGAUCAGGAGUUGCAAGAGGGUCAAAGUCGUGUUGCUGAGCUUCAGGAACAGCUGGCUAUGCAGGCUAAGGUCAUAGCAGAACUCACCAAGGAACUUCACAGCAAAUGUAUACAGUUGAACAAGCUGCAGGAUGUUGUUAGCACUCAAGGAGAACACUCUCUUCAGCCUUCUCCUUUUAAAGUGGCUUCAAGGAUUCAAGUAUCUGCCGACCGGAGAAGAGGAGCCAAGGAAGGUGUGUCUGCAGAGCCGACGACACGGCUGUAUGAUUUGAACAGGCAAGCUACGUUCUCCUUGGAAAAAGCAACAGUCCGAAAGGAUUCCAGUGAGAAGAAACUUAUCACAGAUGCCCUGAAUAAAAAUCAGUUCUUGAAGAGACUGGAGCCUCACCAGGUCCGAGAUAUGGUGGAAUGUAUGUAUGAAAGGACUUUCCAGCAAGGGAGCUACAUCAUCAGACAGGGAGAGCCAGGCAAUCACAUUUUUGUGCUCAAAGAGGGCAGUCUGGAAGUCUUUCAGCAGGAUAAACUACUCUCCUCAAUACCUGUGUGGACAGCAUUUGGUGAACUAGCCAUUUUAUACAACUGCACUCGGACAGCCUCUGUGAAAGCAAUCACCAAUGUUAAAACAUGGGCAUUGGACAGAGAAGUGUUUCAAAAUAUCAUGAGAGUGACAGCACAAACAAGACAAGAGCAAUACAGAAACUUCCUUAGAAGCGUGUCCCUGCUGAAAAACUUACCUGAAGAUAAGUUAACCAAGAUCAUGGACUGCUUGGAGGUGGAGUACUAUGACAAGGGAGAUUAUGUUAUUCGGGAAGGAGAAGAAGGCAAUACCUUCUUUAUAAUAGCAAAAGGAAAGGUGAUAGUUACCCAGAGUACUGCAGAUCACUCGCAGCCUCAGCUGAUUAAAAAUCUCCAUAAAGGAGAUUACUUUGGAGAAAAGGCUCUCAUUAGUGAUGAUGUCAGAUCAGCAAAUGUUAUUGCAGAUGAAUACAAUGUGGAGUGCCUCGUUAUAGACAGAGAGACAUUUAAUCAAACUGUUGGAACUUAUGAGGAGCUCCAAACUUACCUGGAAGGUUAUGUGGCCAAUCUGGCCCGAGCUGAUGAAAAGCGACAUGCAAAAGGAAGAUCUUUCUGUGGACAGUUGGCCAAAGACGUGUCUUUGGAGAUGAUAGAGCUGAAGGAAAAAGUAGCCCAGUUCCCUCCUUCCCCAUUCCAGAAUUUAGAAGUUGUCACAACUCUGGGUGUUGGUGGGUUCGGAAGGGUUGAGCUUGUUAAAGUGAAAAAUGAGAACAUGGCUUUUGCUAUGAAGCGUAUAAAGAAGAAACACGUAGUGGACACCAAACAACAAGAGCAUAUCUAUUCUGAGAAGAAAAUCCUCGAGCAGAUAUGUUCUCCGUUCAUUGUAAAACUAUAUCGCACAUUCAAAGAUAGUAAAUAUGUAUACAUGCUGCUGGAGGCUUGCCUUGGAGGGGAAUUAUGGAGCUUGCUGAGAGACAGGGGCAGCUUUGAUGAAGCCACUACAAAGUUCUGUGUUGGGUGUGUGACAGAGGCUUUUGACUAUCUACAUCACAUAGGCAUUAUCUACAGAGACCUGAAGCCAGAAAAUUUAAUUUUGGAUGCUGAAGGAUAUAUAAAACUGGUUGAUUUUGGAUUUGCAAAGAAGAUUGGAUCAGGGCAGAAAACCUGGACGUUUUGUGGAACCCCUGAGUAUGUUGCCCCUGAAGUCAUUCUGAGUAAGGGCCAUGACUUCAGUGUGGAUUUUUGGUCCCUUGGGAUUCUUGUGUAUGAACUCCUUACUGGCAGUCCGCCAUUCUCCGGGGCCGAUCAAAUGAUGACAUAUAAUUUGAUUCUCAAAGGCAUUGAAAAGCUGGAUUUUCCUAAGGUAAUAACAAGGCGGCCUGAGGAUUUGAUCCGCAGACUCUGCAGGCAAAACCCUACAGAAAGAUUAGGCAAUCUGAGGAAUGGAAUUAAUGACGUUAAGAAGCAUAGGUGGUUGAGUGGUUUUAACUGGGAUGGUCUGAAAGUGAGGAAAUUAAUAUCACCUUUAAAAAGAGAGUUGUCCGGACCAACUGAUUACAGCUACUUUGACAGCUAUCCACCUGAAGAGGGAACCCCUCCAGAUGAACUUUCAGGCUGGGACAAGGAUUUCUGAUGUUUUUUUCUUUCGGGACAUUUAUAGAGACUCAUAGGCAUCACUUCUAAACCUGCUCUCUUGUUUCUUGUUUAAAACAAAAUUACACAAGGUCUGUGACAAACACAAUAUUCCUUGAAGGACAGAAAAGAGUACAGCAAAACUUGUUCAGGUAAUGUACCAAAAUCUGUGUGCAUCUCUUCAUAACAAGGACAUGCAUUCAGUCCACGGAUGUAACCUGAAGGUUUUUUGAUACACAGUGUCUCUGUGAGCAUUUUCAGACACUAUGGAUCAGAGGUACGGUUUUGCCAUUGGAAAUAUCACUAGCUAAUAUUUUGAUACUAACAAGGUUACCAUAUGUCUUUAUUUUGAAUGGAGAGGAUGAGCACUGGAAACAAAUAACUCUGUGGCAUUUGUCAGCAGCUGACAGGCAUGUAUUUUUCGCUUUAUCUUACAUCUGCUGUGUGUUUCACUUUUUCCCAUAAUGGCCAAUUGAUUGCAUUGAUCCAGAAGCAUGUAGAAAAGAGACUUCUACUGCAAGGUUGAUUUGUUCUGAUGCUGCAGCUUAAAGGGUACCACUGUGGAAACUGCCUCUCGGUCUAGUUUUGCACCAGGUUGAAGGUAUGAGACAGGUUAAAUGAAGAUCCGAUAGGAAACAAGGUGUGUAUAUAUAUAUAACAGAGGUUUCCAGGAGAAGUAGACUGUGGUAUGUUUUUCCCUUACUGCUUCAAAAAGCCAUGUCCAUUUCUUAUGAGUUAUCCCAAACUGGGUGACAGAGGGACUGCCAUAGGGUUCCAUGGUUUGUUCAUUGGUCACAGUUAGUUUUUACUGCUGGAUGGCCAUUGCUUUGACAGCAAAUCGAUUUAAAAGUAUUUUAUAUAACGUUCAGUCCAAAUAAAGGCAGUGAAAUAUUUUCAAUUUAAUUCAGUGAAGGUCGGAUUGAGCCCUUGAAGGAAGACACUACACGUUUGGCUGUUUUGUUUCCUUGCCUGGUGGAACACUACUGUGGAAACUUGCAGCCAGCAAAGCCUGUGCAAAAUGGUCAUAAGCAUACACAAUCAAAAAGGGAGGAGUAGAGGAUGUAAGCUGGGACUGUAGACGCUUUAGACACUUGCAACUAACUCUGUUUAGCAAUACCAAAGACCAGAUUUUCUUUUCAGGAUUUAGACAAGCACUAGACGUUAGGUAUGUGUGUUUCUCGUGUGUCUGUCUUUCUCAUAAAUAUUUUCAUUAGAAUGAAAAUAAUAUUGUGCCAGUUUUAUAAAAAGCUUUUACAUGUAUUUUUCCAUUGAAUUUAUUAAGUAGCUUUCCUCUACAUAUACAUAAAAUAGGUGUGUGUAUAUAUAUAUUCUUUUUAAAGUGAAGAAAUGGCCAUAUGAUAAGUUCAAUGCAGUUAGCAUUAAGUCUGUGCAGCUGUAGGAUGUGUUUUCUUUACAAAGCUUGUUUAACUUGCAGUGUGUACAAAAAAGGGAAGCUUACAGUGCAAAGGGCAGGACAUCAUUAAUUUUUUACAAUCUCGUUCCAUACAGCAGUCUGGAUUCUUAGCCCUCAAUUAUACUUCUUAUCCACAUGAUUCUGAAGAGACUGAGGCAGAAAAGAUUACUCUGGAGAGAGAAUCACUGAUGUGAUUUCCUGCAGCAUGUACCCCAUUAUGUUUUCCCAGUGGAUGUUGAGAAAAUUAAUGUGUAAGAAGGUACAAUAAAUGAGGUCACAUUUUGUAUUUAUGUA